AUGUUGCCCUCAUCGGUGCGGCGGGUUGUGUCCGCUGCACCUCAGACCUCCCUGCUGUCCAGCCUGGCGCCCUCCGCAGCCCGCGCAACCGCUGCUGCCGCCGUCUCCUUCCCAUACAACCCGCGCAACCAGCAAAGGCGGCGCUACUCGUCCUCGAAACCCUCGAGCCCCAGCGACUCGCCCAAGGGACUGCCCGCCGGCCAGGUCGCCGCAUCGCCCGCCCAGUCCUCCAAGUCGGCCGAGAAGCCCACCGGCGAGAAGCGCAAGCGCAAGGCCAAGGAUGCGAGCGACGCGCUGGGCAAGCUUCCCAGCGUUCCCAGCACACAGAAUGUGCCGCAAGAAGCUCUCGCCUUAUCUACCUUCUUCUCCCUGCAUCGGCCCAUGUCCGUUACCCAGGGCUUCCCCCGGACCGUGACCGACGACGCCUUCGCCCAGAUCUUCGCGCCCCGAAGCAAAAGCGACAAGUUCAACGAUGUCAUGUCUACUCUGUCCCGGACGGUGGACGAGCUCGAGCAACCCAUGCAGGGGUUGAGUGUCAGCGGUCAACAGGACUCGGCUGCCGCCGAUGCCCUCAAUGACCACAUGGCCAAGAUCGAGGUCCGACCCAUGGACGGCUUCGAGGGCGACAUCCAACUCCAGCUCAACGCCAUGGCUGGCCAGUUUCUGCCCUUCCGACCGCCGCCCGCACCGCAACCUGAAUCCGCCACCGCCGAAACCGGAGCUCAGGAACACCAGGCGGUCGAGGCCCAGCCUCAGCACCGCGUCUACAAGGCCAUCUUCACCCUCGAGGAGACCACCGAGCCCAACGGCCAAGUCCGGAUUCUGGCCCACAGCCCGACCUUGGUCGAGGACGACACGGUGCCGCGCACUUUCUUGGAGCGCAUGGCCCUGCGACAGCUGCGCCGGGAAGAGGUUCGCGGUCGCCCCGAUAGCAUGAUGGCCAUCAGCGUCAAGAGGCAACGGAAGCUCAAGAUGAAGAAGAAGAAGUACAAGAAGCUUAUGAAGCGCACACGCAAUGAGCGUCGCAAGUUGGAUAGGGUGUAA